AGUUUAACACCCGCCGCGUGCGCCUCAUACUCGGAGCAAACAGAAACAAGAAAAAGUGAAAACAAAAGACAACACACAAAAACACACAAACCAACUAACUCUCUUUUAUUAACUUUUUCUUUAACAAUACAAAAAUUCAAGUUUACGUAGACUUCAAAUUAUAAGUUUAAAUUAAUUAUCUUCCCAAAAUGGGAGGUAUCCUCUUUGAUAGGGGCAAAUCUGUCCUCAAUCCAGAGUCACUACAACCGACUUAUUUAGUUAUGUCCAGAUCGGGAAUACACGCAGAUAAGGGGUUUUCAAACGUUUCACCGUUCUUAAUCCAAAAAUCUAUCAGCGCAGUUGGUGGUAACAUAAUAGAUUGCAAAAAACUCCGAAGUGGUCAGCUGCUAAUUCAAUGCACAAAUGGAAAACAAGCAAACAAAAUUAUACAAAUGCUGUCUCUAUCUUCCGUUGUUUUCGUUAAUGUUGAAGAACACAAAACAUUGAAUAUGUCCAAAGGCAUUAUCUAUACCAAUGAUCUGAGGGAUUUAAGUGACACUGAACUGAAAGAGGAAAUCACAAAAUUGAAUCUCCAAGUUACUGAUAUAAAACGAUUAAAAAGGCGAGAUCCAGAAACGCGAACAUUGACAAAUGUGGAUUCUGGUUUGUAUAUACUAACGUUUAAUACUAGAGAUCUUCCCGAAAACGUUUUCAUUGGCUUCUUUCGAGUUAAGGUCCGUCACUACAUUCCAAAUCCCCUCAGGUGUUACAAUUGUUUUCAAUUUGGACACGUGUCUGAGAAAUGCACGUCAAACGUCAAACUUUGCCCACACUGCAGUAACACAGUACAUACGGAGAUCAAAGAAGAUGGUAAACGAGAAAAAUGCAACAACACCCCAAAAUGUGCAAAUUGUGGAAAAGAGCAUAACAGCUUCUCCAAAGAAUGCACCACUUACAAACGAGAAUUUGCAAUUCAAACUAUACGCAUAAAAGAGAAAAAGAGUAUACACGAAGCAAGAAAAAUUUAUGAGAUGAGGAACCCUCUACCAACAACAUAUUCAGACAUUUCAAAAUUGCCAACUAUUAACAAACAAUGCAGUUGCGAAUGUCGAUGCAAACAAAAUACUCGAGAGAAAAAUAUAACUCAAACAGAAAAAACAUCACCAACAAAAACUAUAAAAGAAGCCUUAUCAACUAUCUCUUCUAUUCGAGAAGUGAAGAAAACAGACGGAACAAAAAUUUCUCUGAUACCAAAAGGUAUAUCAAAAAGAAAAAAGAGAGAACUGACUAAUACAGAAAAAAAGAAAAAACAAAACACAAACAGUGAAGAACUGAACAAAAUAGAAACAAUGGAAGAUGAAACAUACAACAGCACCAGCUCAUAUGACCAGUGAAUAUCAAAUUAUACAAUGGAAUUGUAAUGGAUUUAACAAUCAUAUAGAUGACACCAAAUUAUUAAUCUCAAAUAUUAAUUGCCUAGCAAUAUGCAUACAAGAAUCAAAAUUUAAAUCAAAUUAUCACAAAAAUAUCAAAAAUUUUAAAUGUUUUUAUAAAAACUUAAAUACAACAAAUACUGCUCAUGGCGGUGUAUGUAUUUAUGUAAAUAAUAUGGUAGAAGCCUCUGAACUCCAACUCAAUACUGAUUUACAAGCAAUAGCUAUUAAAAUUAGUUUUCCUAUUAAAUGUAUAUUAUGCUCGAUAUAUCUUCCAGGGUCGGAAACUUUAUCUAAAAGCUCGCUAAAUAAUUUAAUUAAUCAAUUCGAUCUCCCUUACAUGUUAUUAGGAGAUUUCAAUUCUCAUAAUACCAUGUGGGGAUCUGAAAAAACCGAUCAAAGAGGGAAAAUCAUAUAUGAUUUUAUAAAUGAAAAUGAUAUAAAUUUAAUGAAUAAUAUAAAUUGUCCAACCCAUGUUAGUUUGGCUUAUAAAUCAUUCAGUCACAUUGAUCUAAGCUUAAUAUCUCCACAAAUUGCUCGAUAUUUUGAAUGGACUGUAUGCGACGAUUUACACAACAGCGAUCAUUAUCCUAUACUUAUAAAGUAUAAAGAUUUUUCUCCAUCUUUACAACGUAGAGAAACUUGGAAUAUAAAUAAAGCAAAAUGGGACAAUUUUCAAUGCGAACUUAAGGGUUCUUUUAACGCAUUUAAUUCAAUUAAUGAUUUAGAAGAACACAUAGUCAAUUCAAUCAUAGAAUCUGCAAAAAAUGCCAUUCCCAUAAAAUCUUCCACUGUUAAUAAACGGCAAGUACCAUGGUGGAACCACAAAAUAAAGACAUUGAUUAAGGAAAGAAGAAAACUUCUAAAAAAAUUUAAAAAUAAUAUAAAUUCUGAGAAUCUUGCAAAUUACCUUAAAAUGAAAGCAACAAUUCGCAAAGAAAUUCGCGCUAGCCGUAAAAAAUCUUGGAUUACAUUUUGUGAAACAAACCAUACCACUGCCCCAGUUUUCAUGCAUUGUUCUCGGCGUAUCCGAAAAAUGGCAAAUAAUCGUUUUGUCACUGAACUGAACUCACUGACACCACGCUUCGAAGAACUGCAAUUGACUAGCAUUACCAGGACACGUGAUCAUAUUGAGGGAUAA